UCUUUUCUUUUAUUUUUGAGUUUUCUUGGAAAAAGUUUUGAUUUCGUUGUUUUCAACCUACACACCAUGGCCCCGCACCGACAUCACAAAUCACGAGCAGAAGAGCCUCAAGCCGGUCCUUCAAGACCUAGACCGAAGCCUUUGGAGCAACGGGAUGGCUCAGGAGUGCCUGGGCUAUCCAAGCUCAAAGCGUCUAUCCGGCAAACCAAGCGGCUCCUGGCAAAGGAUACGCUUGAACCUGGUUUCAAGAUCGCAACGCAGAGAAGGCUGGCCAGUUUGCAAGCGGAUCUAGCCAAAGCCGAGCUGAGAGAGGUGGAGAAGAAGAAUGGCGGAAAGUAUCAUAUGGUCAAAUUCUUUGAACGUCAAAAAGCGACGAGGUUGAUCAAAAAGUACAAACGGUUGUUGCAGAACGAGUCAGAGGAGGAGAGAAGGGCUCAAUUGGAGCAAGAACUGGAGGAGUGUAGAGUCAUGUUGAAUUAUGUGCUACAUUAUCCAUACGAUCAAAAGUACAUCUCCCUCUUUCCUCCUCAGGCCGAACCACAAGACAAGCUCGUCUUACCUAUGCUCUUUCCGUCAGAUCCUAAUUUUGACAGCAUGGAGAAGGGAGAUCGCAAGCGGCUCCAAAUACUGCUGAAGACGAGAGACAUGAUGAGGGCUGGAGAGCUCAGUUUAGAGCCGGAGAAUGAAAAGCAAAAGCGAGCCGGGGGCGUCACUAUCGCAGAAGACAGGCAGGAUAAAGAAGCGAGAGCAACGAAACGGGUCGAACUAGAAACGAAACGUGACGAGACAGGUGACGACUUUUUCGAGCAAGAAUAGAAA